AUGGCCAGCCUUGAUGAUCACUGUGCUCAGCCCCUGGAACAUGAGGCUUAUGCACUCAAUAACCAGGGUGAAGCCGGGAGACCCGAGAUACGUCACCUCUGCAAGUCCAUCUUCCGUGAGUUUGGAACGGAGGUCUUCCUGGGCGCUUACGUCCGUGUUAAAGGUGGCAUUCGCAAACACACCAGAGACUACCCUGAGCUGACGAAGCUGCUUACUCGCUUUCUGUCACAAGAGUUUCCGGGAGACUCUUUCCUUGCGAUCAGUUUGGCACUGGACAAAAGCAUGGAGCCCCACAAGGACCUUCAGAACUCCACUUUGCCUAGUCUCUUGUGUAAUGUCUCAGAUGAGAGCCUCGGCGGCACUUGGAUUGAGCAUCCUGAAGGCAAGAUUCCCCGGCGAUGCCAGGAUGGGAAAACGAGGCUGGGCUGUGUCUAUCGCGGGCACAGAUACCGGUUAAGCGCCAGUAAGCUCUGGCACGCUCCUUUCACUGAGGGGGAGGGCAGGAUCAUGCUCAUUGGCUGGGUCCCAGCUGGCUGGCAAUGCCUGUCACCGGAGGACCUGCGGCAGCUGCACUGUUUGGGAUUCCGACGGCCAGGGCCUGAUGCAGAGGCUACCAGUGCCCUCUCCCUCUGGAGGGGUACUGGACUGGUCCAAACGGACCUGCAUCGCUUCGGGAAACGACCAGCCCACUUGGGUGCACCCCCAUCUUGGCGCCUGGGUCAGCUUAAGGUCACCACGAGCCCGCUGCACAUAUGCAUGUCAUCAGAUGAGGAAGCAGAAGAUGCAGCAGGUCUUGCACGCAUUGAUGGAGAGGCGGAAUUUGUUAUUUGUAUAGACUAA